AUGGAAGAUCGUUCCAGAGACUACUAUUGCGACGAAACGGGCUUUCAAGUUUUCCCGAAUACGGGUAAAGUUUAUGCUGCAAAAGGUGCGAAAAAUAUAUACACUGUCGAAAAGGGAUCUCCUAAAGAGAAUAUUACUGUUAUGUUUUCAUUUUCGGCUUCUGGAAUCACUUGUCCGCCGAUGAUAAUUUACCGCUAUAAGAGAAUUCCAGAAAAAAUAAGUUUAACAGUGAAUCCGGACUGGGGAGUUGGAAGAUCUGAUAAUGUUGAUAAGGACACCACUUUUCCAAUUGUGCUAUUUUUAGAUGGUCAUGAGUCAUACCUGACAUAUGAGCUGAGUCUACUUUGUAAUGAUCUCAACAUCGAAGAUAGCUUUGUACCCUAAUGCUACAAGGAUCCUUCAACCAUGCGAUGUGGCGGUGGAAAAAAGCUGUUAGGGAAUUUAACGAGAAAAAUCCAGGAGAGCUCGUAAACAAACUCACUUUUGCUCCACUUCUAGAAAAUGUUGUAAAAAAUAUCGUUAAGUCAGAAACUCUGGAUUCCGUGCAUGUGGCCUAUUUCCUCUGAAUCCAGAUACAGUUGACUAUAGUAAGUGUCUGGGGAAGGAAAACAUUAGUAGAUAUGAAAGAAGAUAUUAUGCAAUCACCAAGUAUGGAUCAAAAAUCGUUUGUAAAUUUAGUGGGAGAACAAAUUCAAAUCAUUUGAUGCAACUGCAGAGCCCACAGAAGGUAUAUGUGACGAAUGUCG